GAGGUUGAAGAGUAGGAGCUGAAUGAGAGGAAGAGAGAUGGAGGGAGGGAGAGGGCUUUAAUGGGGAAUGGAGUUAAUUAGAAUUGGCAUAUAUGAUGAUGAUGAUGAUGAUAUGGGCAUAGGGAUUCUGAAUCCGCCCCGCCCACAUAGAGAGAGAGAGAGAGAGAGAUGAUAGAUGUAUGAUUUUCCCAUUUCUUUUUUAUGCGUUUCUUCUCUCUAUAUUUCUUUCUUUCUUUCAACCAUCAGAGCCUCUUCUGUCACUCUCUCCCCUUCGUUUGUUUCUUCCCACUCUCUCUCUCCCUCUCUCCGUGUGCGUGUCUAUUUCUGUACAUCUCUCUCUCUCUCUCUCUCUCCCCCUCUGUCUCUCUCUGACUGUUGAAUCUUCCAUUCUAUUUCUUUAUCGUUUUCUCGCCGUAGAUCCUUUCCUUCCAUUCCAUCCCUUUCUUUCUUCUCUUCACACUGGAGAUCCGUACGGAGUGUGAUUUCGACCAACUGAUGCUUUGGCUGUGAGGGCUUAACUUCGAACCCCCCGCGAUCGGAGUGUGCGAGCGCCUUAGCUUCCUUCCAUGGGGCAGUGCUACGGUAAGACCAUUCCCACUCCCGAUAACGAAGCCCCCGCCGCUACUCCCGUUGUCGGCGGCCCCGAUCGACCCCGGCCCACGCCCGCCAGGUCCUCCGCCAACAACGGCGCCGUGAACGUACACUCUGUCAAGAACACUCCUGCUCGAUCGUCCGCCGCCAGUCCCUGGCCGAGUCCGUAUCCGCACGGUGCAGCGAGUCCGCUUCCUCCCGGAGUGUCACCGUCACCGGCGAGGUCGACGCCGCUCAAGUUCUUCAAGCGGCCGUUCCCGCCCCCGUCCCCGGCGAAGCACAUCAAGGCCUCGCUCGCCAGGCGGUUCGGACAUCAUGCCAAGCCCAGGGAGGGCCCGAUCCCUGAGGACGGUGCGGCGGAGUCUGAUCAAUCACUGGAUAAGAAUUUCGGUUACGGUAAGAAUUUCGGUGGCAAGUAUGAAUUGGGAAGGGAGGUGGGGCGAGGGCAUUUUGGUCAUACAUGCCAAGCGAAGGGCCGAAAGGGUGACCUCAGAGACCAACCUCUUGCCGUUAAGAUCAUCUCUAAAGCAAAGAUGACAACAGCCAUCUCAAUUGAAGAUGUCCGUAGAGAAGUGAAAAUAUUGAAAGCUCUAUCAGGGCAUAAGCAUCUGAUCAGAUUCUAUGAUGCAUGUGAGGAUGCGAACAAUGUGUACAUAGUUAUGGAAUUGUGUGAAGGUGGAGAACUACUCGACAAAAUAUUGUCAAGAGGUGGUAGAUACACAGAAGAUGAUGCAAAACUUAUUGUUGUGCAAAUUUUAAGCGUGGUUGCCUUUUGUCAUCUCCAAGGCGUGGUUCAUCGUGACUUGAAGCCUGAGAAUUUUCUAUUCACUUCUAGAAAUGAAGAUGCUGACAUGAAGCUCAUCGAUUUUGGUCUUUCUGACUUCAUCAGAACUGAUGAAAGACUGAAUGAUAUCGUUGGGAGUGCAUAUUAUGUGGCACCAGAAGUCCUUCAUAGAUCUUAUAGUCUUGAAGCAGAUAUCUGGAGUAUUGGUGUGAUUACUUACAUCUUGCUCUGUGGAAGUAGACCAUUCUGGGCAAGAACAGAAUCUGGGAUUUUUCGUGCAGUACUAAGGGCCGAUCCUAACUUUGAUGACUUACCUUGGCCCUCUGUGACACCAGAAGCCAAAGAUUUUGUGAAAAGGCUCUUAAACAAGGACUACAGAAAAAGGAUGACUGCUGCGCAAGCUCUAACUCACCCUUGGUUGAGGACUGAAAAUCAUCCUAUUCCUUUAGAUAUAUUGAUCUAUAAGUUAGUCAAGUCAUACCUUCAUGCUACACCUUUCAAACGUGCGGCCCUUAAGGCUCUUUCAAAAGCUUUAACCGAGGAUGAGUUGGUUUAUCUUAGAGCUCAGUUCAUGCUUUUGGAGCCCAACAAGGAUGGGCGGAUAUCCCUUGAUAACUUCAAAAUGGCCCUCAUGAGAAAUGCCACUGAUGCAAUGAGGGAAUCUAGGGUUCCUGACAUUCUAAAUAUGAUGGCACCACUGUCCUACAGGAAGAUGGACUUGGAAGAGUUUUGUGCAGCUGCAAUUAGCAUAUAUCAGUUGGAGGCCGUUGAUGGGUGGGAGCAGAUUGCAUCAACAGCUUUCGAUCAUUUUGAGGUGGAGGGUAAUCGAGUUGUCUCCGUGGAGGAGUUGGCUAGGGAACUAAAUGUGGGCCCAACAGCCUAUUCCAUCCUCAAAGAUUGGAUCCGAACCUCGGAUGGAAAACUUAACUUGCUUGGCUAUACCAAAUUUUUGCAUGGCGUGACCCUUCGGAGCACGAAUGCAAGACACCAUUAGGUUUUCUAGUCUUCGACAAAUGACAACAUUGAAAAUUGUGGGAUUCAAAGGGAUUUGGAGGAUUUCUUUCUUUCUUUCUUUCUUUUUUUAUUUUAGAGUUUGGGGUAGAAAGAUAUUGUACAAAUGAAAUGAAUAUAGUGGUUGAUGAGUCAGUCGGUGGGGGAAUUUGACGAGGAUAGUUUUAGUGUGGAAGAAUUAGGCCUCGCUCAUCCCUUCUUCUGCCGUAAGGUUUGGAUUUCUUUUCUUUUCUUUUCUUUUCUCUUUUGGGCUAUAUUUUUACAAAGCAAUUCAUCGAAAUGUUUUAGGUUUUUUGUUUUGUGUUGGCCCGGCCCAAGCCCAGGCCCAUGCUCAGGCCCAAAAGCUAAUGAUGACAGGAUGAUUGUUCAA